AGCACGCUGAGUCGGCGCCGCCGCUGCUGCUGCUGCAAGAUGGCCGCUCAGGACGAGCUGAAUCAACUUGAACGAGUUUUUAUGCGCCUUGGUCUUGCUGAAACAGAUGAACAGUUGCAAAGUAUUAUCUCAAAGUUUCUUCCUCCUGUUCUGCUGAAGCUGUCAAGUGUUCAGGAAGGAGUUCGUAAAAAAGUCAUGGAACUGCUAGUUCAUCUGAACAAGCGCAUUAAGAGUCGACCUAAAAUCCAGUUACCAGUGGAAACUCUGCUGGUUCAAUAUCAGGAUCCUGCUGCUGUUUCCUUUGUCACAAAUUUUACAAUAAUAUAUAUCAAGAUGGGGUACCCCCGUUUAUCUGUGGAGAAACAAUGUGAAUUAGCACCUUCCUUGGUUACUGCAAUGGAAAGCAAGCCUCAGCCACAACAAGACAGCCUAAUGCAGUUGCUAAUUCCAGCAUUGUAUUAUAUGAAAUACCCACCAGAAAAAACCAAAGGAAUAUCUAUUUUCAACUUGGGAGAGAAACCAAAGAUUGUUCAGCAGUUAUUAGACUUUAUGUUGGACGUUCUGUUGAUGCCUUACGGGUUUGUGUUGAGUGAGCCCCAGAAUCGUCCAAGCCAGGGCUCACAGCAAGGUUCCAGUACUGGUGGUAUUGCUCAGCCACCGCCGGGCAUGAGCUCAUAUGCAGCCAAACGUGUUGUUGGUGAUAACCCAUGGACGCCUGAACAGCUGGAACAGUGCAAAUUAGGAAUCGUGAAAUUCAUUGAAGCGGAGCACAUACCGGAAAAUGAAGCAAUUGUUCAUCUGGUGGUAGCAUCAAGUGACACUCGGCACAGUGUGGCAACUGCUGCUGAUAUGGAGGUGAAAAGCAUGCAAAGUAUAAUUGACUGGAACAAUCCUAUUAUUGUUAGUAAACUCUACAAGAUUUACCUAGGAGACAUACCACUGAAAACGAAGGAGGGAGCAGCGCUGAAGCCUGAGCUAAAACGGGAACCAGUUAGCACCAGGGUUAAACUGAAAAUCCUCCCUCACUUAUUACGAUCCAGACAGGCUGCAGAGACAUUCCCAGCCAGCAUACAGGUGGUAUACGAUGGGCUGUUUGGUGCCAAUACAAAUGCAAAAUUGAGAGGACUCACCCUACAAUUUGUACACCAUAUAUGCUCAGUUUGUCCUGAUAAUAAAAUUAAACCUUUGGGACCAAUGCUUCUAAAUGGACUUACUAAAUUGAUCAAUGAGUAUAAAGAGGACCCAAAAGCCCUUUCCAUGGCAUAUUCAGCAGUUGGGAAAUUAUCCAGCCGUUUACCACAACUUUUCACGAAAGAUUUAGCACUUGUGCAACAGUUUUUUGAAGCAAUGUGCAAGGAAGGCCCUGACAUUAGGCUUUCCAUUCAGGAAGCGUUAGCUAUGAUGGUAGGAGCUUAUUGUUCAUUGCAAGGAGCUUCUCUUACACUCAUGGAAGCUUUGGUUGCUGCAUAUCUGGAGAAGCCUGAAGUGCAGGUCCGGCAGGUUGCUGUGAAAUUUGCCAGCAAAGUGUUCGCCUCAGACCAUAUACCAUCCAGAUACAUGCUGUUACUUGCUGCAGGAGACCCGAGAGAGGAAGUAUAUGGGGAAGCACGACAUGUUCUGAGGGCUCUGCCAAAUCAAACGACAGAGAAGGAAAGCACUCCUACAGUCAUGCCAUCAUUUCCUGAAAUGGUCCAUUACAUUCAGGAUAAGGCCUCUCAGAGGAUAAAAACGUCGGCAAAAUAUAUCGCAGGAACAUAUAUCCUGCCAUUUAACCCUGCAACAUACAAUGAGAUUAUCCUGUAUCUGCGAAUGUGUCUGGCGCACAGCGCAGGUGUGGUACCCAUCUCUCAGAGUUUCGUUGACAUGCAGGACCAAGCUCCAGCCAUUGGUCGUUAUGUCAGAAGUUUGGUUCCUGACACACUCGUUUCACCAUCAUCCUCAAAGAAUGGAGAAAUUAAUCCAGUGCAAAUGUAUAUUGAUCUUCUCGAGCGGUUACUAACAGCCAUAAGAGGGUUGCCUGUGAUGUACUGUCUAUUGGAAGUAGUCUCGGUCUAUCCACAGAAAUUGGCUGCUCAGUUCGCCGACAAAAUAGAUUGGAUUAAGGGCCUUAUGAGCACAAAUAAAGAUGAGAUCCGUGAGCUGGCAGCAGAGCUUUAUGCAGUGGUGCUGUCUACUAUGUCUGGGAAUGACCUGCACUUGGCUGUUCAGAAUCUCAUUAAGAGCACUAAAGACAGUAGCCCUGAAUCACAGCACGGAGCGUUGUUGGCUUUAGGAUAUAUGAUAGGACGGUACCUGGCCAGAAAGAAGAGAACAAAUUUAGAUAUCCAAGAUAUGGAACAGUCGGAUGCUGAAGAACCACUAGAAGGCCAGCUAAUCCAGUCUACCACAGAAACAAUUACUUCAUUUUUAGAUGAUGCAUCCCCAUCUCUGGCUAUGGCUGCUUGUGUAGCAGUUGGUGAAAUUGGGAGGAACGGUGCUUUACCCAUCGUAAAUGAAGGCUCUGGGUUCUCAAAACUGCACUUGGUGGAGAGCUUCCUAGCUAAAAUCCGCUCAGGCAAGGAGAGUAACAAGAUGAAGGAGCGAGCAGUGCAGACACUGGGUUAUUUGCCUGUUGGAGAUGGUGAUUUUCCUCAUCAAAAGAAACUCCUGCAAGGAUUGAUGAACUCAGUUGAGUCAAAACAAAUAGAGCUGCAGUUCACAGUUGGAGAAGCAAUCACCAGUGCUGCAAUAGGGACAAGUUCGCUGGCAGCUCGCGACCUGUGGAUGGUUUCUGAGGAGGAGUAUACCCCUCCGGUUGCUGUUAAAGUAAAUGAUGUUGUUCCAUGGGUUCUGGAUGAAAUCCUAAAGAAAUACAUCAUUAGUUCUAAUCCCCAUGUCCGCCAGGCUUCCUGUAUCUGGCUUUUGUCGCUGGUGAAAAAACUGAGCCAGCAUAAGGAGAUCAAGUCUCAUCUAAAGGAAAUUCAGAGUGCGUUCAUUUCGAUUUUAUCCGAGAAUGAUGAACUUAGCCAGGAUGUGGCAUCUAAAGGUCUUGGAUUGGUGUAUGAACUAGGCAGUGAACAGGAUCAACAGGAGCUAGUUUCAAUUCUUGUGGAAACACUAAUGACAGGGAAACGGAUUAAACAGGAUCUGUCAGAAGACACUGAACUGUUUCAAGGAAAUGCAAUGGGCAAAACCCCUGAUGGACAGGGACUAUCAACUUACAAAGAACUUUGCAGUCUUGCCAGUGACCUUAAUCAACCUGAUCUUGUUUACAAGUUUAUGAACUUGGCCAAUCACCAUGCCAUGUGGAACUCUCGAAAGGGUGCUGCUUUUGGCUUUAACAUCAUAGCAACGAAGGCUGAAGAGCAGUUGGCUCCUUACUUAGCUCAACUUAUCCCACGACUUUAUCGAUAUCGGUUUGAUCCAAAUUCUGGAAUCCGGCUGGCAAUGACCAGUAUUUGGAAUGCUCUUGUCACAGAUAAAAGUGCUAUAGAUACGUACUUAAAGGAGAUUCUUCAAGAUCUAGUAAUCAAUUUAACCAGCAAUCUUUGGCGGGUUCGUGAAUCCAGUUGUUUAGCAAUUAGUGAUCUACUGCAGGGAAGACAAGUGGAUGAUAUAAUUGACCGACUUACAGAAAUAUGGGAGACUCUCUUCAGAGUGCGUGAUGAUAUAAAGGAGUCUGUUCGUAAGGCUGCAGAUUCUGCACUUAAAACCUUGAGUAAGGUGUGUAUACGUAUGUGUGAGCCUGCCAAUGGUGCUGCUGGUCAGCAAGUCAUUGCUGUGCUGUUACCUUGCUUAUUGGACAAAGGCAUUAUGAGCACUGUAGCUGAAGUUCAAUCUCUAAGUAUCAACACCCUUGUGAAAAUUAGCAAAAGUGCAGGGAUACUGUUAAAGCCACAUGCAGCAAGACUUAUCCCCACCUUGUUGGAAUCAUUAAGCAUUCUCGAGCCACAGGUCCUCAAUUAUUUGAGUCUACGUGCCACAGAACAAGAGAAGGCUACCAUGGACAGUGCCAGACUUAGUGCAGCUAAAUCUUCCCCAAUGAUGGAGACCAUCAACAUGUGUCUCCAACAUCUAGAUGCCUCUGUUCUGGGAAAUCUAGUUCCAAAAUUGUGUGAACUGCUGAAGAGUGGAGUAGGCCUUGGAACCAAAGGAGGCUGUGCCCACGUGGUAGUUUUUUUGACGACCAAAUGUCCACAGGAUUUAAAUCCUUAUGCAGGUAAACUGAUGAGUGCCCUGCUCUCUGGUCUAAAUGAUCGUAGCAGUGUCAUACGGAAAGCAUAUGCAGUGGCAUUGGGCUAUUUGGUUCGGACAGCACGGACCAGUAGUACUGAAAAGUUAUUUCAAAAACUCAGCACUUGGUAUCUCGAAAAAGAUGAGCAAGUGUAUCGAUCAGCAUGUGCAUUGACAGUACAUGCUAUCUCGCGUCACAGCCCCGAUAUAAUCAAGCACCAUGCAGCAGUAGCCUUGCCCCUUGCAUUUCUUGGGAUGCAUGAAAUCCCAGAUGAAGAUAAAGGGGAAACCAGUGAGUCUGAUCUCUGGACUGAAGCAUGGCAAGAGAAUGUACCUGGCAGUUUUGGUGGAAUACGACUGUACAUGCAAGAAUUGAUCACCAUUACACAAAAGGCACUGCAGUCCCAGUCAUGGAAGAUGAAAGCACAAGGAGCUGCUGCUAUGGCAUCCAUUGCCAAACAGCAGGCGGGCUCGUUGGUUCCACCACACUUAGGGCUGAUAUUGAAUGCACUUUUACAAGGAAUAUCUGGUCGAACAUGGACGGGCAAGGAGGAGCUGUUGAAAGCUGUUGACAGUGUGGUGGCUGCAUGCAGUGUGGAGUUGCAGAAGACGGUGACUGACCAGCCCAGUAUAGAUGCCAUCAUUCAGGUCAUGUUAAAAGAGUGUCACAAGGAAAACCUUCGCUACAAGAUGCUUGCUUUGAAGUGCACUGCCAACAUAUUGCAAGCCACGAAAGAAGAUCGUUUCAAGGAUUUGGUGGAUAUUCUGUUUCCCGUUAUUAAAAAGAGUACAGCAGCUGGAUCCUCCAGGGAAGAGGAUCACGAAGAGGAGGAGAAAGAGAAAGAGCUACGAAUGGAAUAUCUACUUUGUGCUUUUGAAACUCUAGGGAAAGCAUGGCCCAGCACUCCAGAAACACAAGCUCAGUACCGUUUAGAAAUGUGUCACUUAAUGUGUGAAAGACUACAGUUGAGUACAUGGAGAGUCCAACUUGGAGUGCUUCAAGCCAUGAAUUCCUACUUCCGAGGCUUAUUGCUUCUCGGUCAAGACAGCAAAGAUGCAAGUGCAUUAACUGAAAUCUUGAAAGAUACCUGCUUGGCGCUUACGUUUCCACUAGAAAACAAGAGCUACUCGUCAGUACGGGCAGAAGCUUUAUCGAUAUUGGAACUUCUAUUUAAAAAAUUGGAUGAGACACAUCAGUGGGCAACAUUGACAUCUGAGAAGAGGGCCAUAAUUCUUAAAUCCCUAUCCAGCAUGGAAUCAGACAAAAGGCCAGAAUUGAAAGACAAGGCGUUGGACCUUAAGAAACAUCUUGCAAAUCUCCCAUAAUCCUGCUACAACCCAUGUUCUGCAACAGAAUAACUUCAGCUGAAGACUUGACAACCCAAAAUCUGCCUAUCCUGUCUGGAUAUAUCAAAUCUAAAAUGUUGCUUCCUAUAUUGUCGGGUCUGUUGGCCCGUUUAGAGUAAAAGACCAGUGUGGUACUUGCUGCUCAGAGAAGGUGUGAGCGUGGUAAAUUCCCUUUUCGGAUGUGGGUUUGUACACGCGUUCAGUUAAGUCAUGUUUCGCAGAUUCUCGUAUCUGCGCAUGAUGCAAAUCAUAUGUCCGCAUCUUGUCACCUUCCAGUUUAGCAGGAAAAUGCAGAAGCUGAUGAAGGGUUGCGGUUGUGGGAAGUUUAGUUUAAUCUAUAUGCCAAGCAGUGGCUCAGAAUUAGGGGGACGAUAUUUACCAACUGCACCAGAAAAAAACAACUCAGUUGAAAAUACUUGGGUUUGGUGGUACCAGGUCUAGUAAGGUUAAUUGUUGGGCUAAUAAGUUACAACAUAACGACAUGUAAAUUAUGUUAAAUUCUAAACCAUAUAGCACACUGCUGUCCAAAGGUGCAUUGUGCCUCCACUUUCUGUGUCAUUGUAUACUGCCAUUGGAGUGGUGUUUCUAAUGUGUUAAAUGGGUUAAAAGUUGUAUAUUUCUCCUGUCAGUUGUGCACAUAACAUGCACUCCGAAAUGCAAUUCGGACAUUAACUCUUUUAGUGGUAAUUCCAGCAUUUGUUGGUGUUGCCAUUAUUCCGUUCCUGUUCAGCUGAGUAAAUGUUUAGCACUACCUAUUUCAUGCCUGCAUUUCAUUCAGAAAGUUUUCAUUGAGUUUUGUUUCUGCAUAAUUUGAGCACUGGGAAGAUAUGAAGGAAUGCCACGUUUUUGAUUAUACAGCCGUUAUUGCCAUGUUGGAUCUGUCCACUCCACCAUUUACUUGUGAAAUGGAAGUGAUGUCACCCAGGAAUUAUUCCGCAUUCACCAUAUGUUUCACAUUUGAGUGGAAAUGAACCAUCUAGGGUGUGUGAAGCUUUUUGCUGUGCUUGUAAUUGUAACAAAAGCAAUGGUUUCUUCAGGUGCAAAAGCUGAUUAUCAAGAUUACACAUAUAUCCUGAAAGCUCAACCUUUAUUCCAAGUACGUCACAAAUUUGCUAAUUAAUUAUUUGGAUCAAUUAGAUUAAAUUGGAGUUUGUUUAUUUUAUUAUUGAGAUUAUGAGCUGGAUUCUUUAAGCUGCUCCUUUCAAAUGUUUUUAGUUCCUUGCCAAACGAAAACUUAAAUGUUGUAACUUAAUCUUUCAAACUAUAAUCUCAUAGUUUUGAACUUUCUUUUAAAUUCAGAUCUAUGUCAAACAGUCUGGAAGACCCCACCUGAUAUUAUUACACACCUAAUCUAAAGAGCCCUCCUGACUGGUCAUCAGUACCAAGUAAUUAAGAAUCGCGAUACUCACCUUUGGUGGGGCAAGACUCCUGUUCAAAUGUGCUAGAGCUAGAUCAGAAGAAAGUGGUGGAUAAUCAUUCUCCUCAUUCCCAUCAAUAAAUUUUAUUUAAACUAUGAGAUGUAUUAAAUUCUUCUGUAGAUCACAUGCACUUUUACGGGAAUUAAGGGAAUUAUGAAAAAUUAACAGUUGGAUGUUGCCUCUUUCCAAUGUAUUCAUGUGUUGCCAAAUGGUAGAGCACUCCCUACUUGUGUCAGAGCUCAAGUGUUCGAUAUCCAAGCCUAUCGGGUUAAUUAGGCCCUCCAGUCCCCAGUUAAUUUUAGUUAGGUCCUGCUUAAGAAGUUUCGGUGGAACAUCAUGCAGAGGAGAAAAAAAUUGUCCAGGCUCCUUGAAUCGUGCUUCAGGUCAGAGCCAGUGUGUGAUGGUGAGGAAUCUGCAAUGGGGAGUUUAAAACUUUAAAAAUCCAAUGAAUUAAAGGUGGUCCUUGUUUGAAGUAUGGUGAUUGCUGUAGCUGUAUGGCAAUAUAGACAUGUGAUUGAUACUGGGUUGUCCUUAAUGUUGUAUAGUACAGUACAUGGCGAUUUGUUUACUGACUGAAAUGUCACUUAUGAUGCUCUGCAUUUUAGAAUUCUUGAUUGUUUUGAACUAAACUUAAUGUGAAAGCAAGGGGUGUGUGUGUGUGUGUGUGUGUGUGUCUCAUGAGAUCAGAAGAGAAAUAUUGGUGUGAACAUGCCAGCCACAGCCAGGGAGAACGUGGCCUUCCUUGAGUUUUCUACAAAGAAUGAUUGCACUAUUUUACGAACUUUGAACACUGUUACCUUGCCCAUGUGGGCACUUACUUGCUGCUUCAACCAUUCACUGGUGAAAGCUUUGUAUUGAAAAUUAAAUCUGCUUUUGUUCUGACUGUCAA